GUGAUGUUGAGGAACUGAACUUGCAUCCUGGGAAAAGAAGGGCGGUCCUACAGGUGAGAGGCAUGUCGAGCUUUUCCAAAGCAAACCAGCAAUGGGCCACUUUUGCUCGAAUAUGGUAUCUCUUAGAUGGGAAAAUGCAACCCCCCGGCAAGCUUGCUGCUGUGGCAUCAAUUAGACUUCAAGGAUUGCAUAAACCCAUGUACCAUCAACUAAGUGACUGUGGGGAUCAUGUUGUCAUAAUGAAUACAAGACAUAUUGCAUUUUCGGGAAACAAAUGGGAACAGAAAGUAUACUCUUCACAUACCGGCUACCCAGGGGGAUUUAAACAAGUAACAGCUGCCCAGCUGCAUCAGAAAGAUCCAGUAGCCAUUGUAAAGCUAGCUAUUUAUGGUAUGCUACCAAAAAACCUUCACAGAAGAACUCUGAUGCAGAGGUUGCACCUUUUCCCAGAUGAGGAUAUACCAGAAGAUAUUCUUAAGAAUUUAGUGGAAGAGCUUCCUCAACCACGCAAAGUCCCCAAACGUCUGGAUGAGUACACACCAGAAGAAAUAGAGGCUUUCCCAAGAGUGUGGUCUCCACCUGAGGAUUAUCGACUAUAGGAGAAUGAAAAUUACAGAAAAUACCAGUGAGGUGACUGAAACCUUCCUGAUGAAUAUCUCCAGACCUGCAGAGUGAAGUGAUUUUGAUAAAGACUGUUCUUAGUGCUGAAAGUUUGUAGGGAAAGGUCGGGAAGGAAUGUAACUUCAAUAAGAAAUUGCAAUAAAAUACAUUAGUUUAUAGAAUUGUUUUACUAUUUAAACAAUUUGAAUGUUCUCUAUGAUCAAAAUAAAAUAUUCAGUUUUGCGUGUAACGAAA